CGUGAAAGAUAAAAUGGCUUUAGCUCCAAAGCAAAUCAACCCCCAUUCUGAGUGUGAUAUCUGCCAGGAAAAAUACAAACGGCCCAAGGUGCUGGAUUGCCUGCACAGUUUUUGCGAGAAAUGUCUGGAGAAUUACUACUACUCUAGUAGGUAUGAAGGUCAAACAAAGAUUCCUUGCCCUGUAUGUCAACGGGAGACGGUACUUCCAAAGAAACGCAUUCAAGGCCUCAAAACAAAUUUCCAUCUGAUUGGAAAAGUUGACGAGGUCUCACUCCAAGAAAAGGUGUCGUGUUCAGAAAAUUCAAAGGUUAUCUGUGUGGUUUGUGAUAUGGGAAAUGAGGCUAUGCAUCGCUGUCUGGACUGUGCACAGAAUAUCUGCCCAAACUGUUACAAGACACACCUGAGAUGUACUGCUACAUCACACCACACAGUGGCUACUCUGGAGGACAUUCGUCAGGUAAAGAAAAGACCAGAAGAAGAUGAGUCUAAAUGCCAGAAACACAAGGGGGAAGUAAAACGGUUUUACUGUGAGACAUGUGAAGAGUUAAUCUGCCAAGAUUGUACUGUAGUAGACCACUGUAAACCAAAACAUCACUACAUUGACUCUGGAAAGGCUUCUCUCAAAUACAAACAGUCACUGAAAGAUAUGUUUCCAGAUUUCACCGCAGGCAUCAAAAGACUUGAACAAGCUGUGGCCACAUCAUCAGAUGCAAAGCAGAAGUUGACACAAAACGUCACAAAGACUGUGAAAGCUGUGCAAGGCAAAGCGGAUGAAAUGAGAGCUGAAAUAACAACUCAAGAGACAAAGAUGAUUGAAGAAAUCAAACAACUCCAGCCGGAUCGCAACAGGACAUAUGAUGAGCAUCUGUCAACAGUAACAAUGAUGCUACAGAGUAAACAACAUUCACUGGCCACAUCUCAGGAUAUCAUUAACAAUGCAUCUGACAUUGAUUUCUUGUCCCUAUACCCUAUCAUCAGCAAAGAUUUGAAAUUACUUAAGAGUCAAAAUCCUCCCCAGAUUGAUCCCAAGCUUUCAUAUGUGAGCUUCACCCCCAGUCAAAGGAUUGGUGACAUAAAUCUGGGCAAGCUGGCAGUCAAGGACAGGUGGGAGAUGUGUUGUGUGUUCGGGAAAGCAGGAUGUGGUCCAGAAGAGUUCAAUGGGGCUCGAGGUAUUACUGUUACUCAACCUGGUGAGAUUGCUGUGGCAGACUGGUUAAACGACCAAGUGGUCAUCGUCAGCAAUGAGGGACAACAUAAGGGGAGGAUUCCGAGACAACCUAAGGGAAAGACUCCUCUACAACGUCCAUGCAAAGUUGCAGCCAUCCACAAUCCUGAGCAACGCUUGCUUGUGUUGGAACUUGGAAGCAAGUAUGUCAAGGUGAUCAACAUGAAGGACAGCGAUCUUGUUAUGCAGUUCCCAACAGUGGAACAGAGCCAGGUUCGCAAGACACAGAUGGACCUACAGAGUUUAGCAGUAACAAAGAACAGCAUCUUAGUAGGCGACAUCAGGAGAAUGGUGUGGACUGAACACAGACCCACUGAUGGUGAGAUUCUACACACCAUACCAGUGCAGACUCCACCUUACUACCUGGCUGUUGAUGACAACACUGAUAGAGUUGUGAUCAGUGGAUGUCACACUAAGGAAGUGGAAGUUGCAGAUAGGAAAGGUACUGCAAUAUCUACCAUCAAACCAACAAUCAAUGGUAAGCCAGUAGAGUGUCAUGGUGUAUGCUGUGACAGCUCAAGCAUCUACCUUGCAAUUCACCAAUCUAGGGAAGGCACUGGUCAUAUUCACCACUAUGACCUAGAUGGCAGGUUUCUUGAUUGCCUGGCUCAGGGUCUGUCUGGCCCAUAUGGAAUCACAUUCACAUCAUGUGGCCAGCUGGCAGUGGCUGACCGCCACUCCAUCAAGGUGUAUCACAAGGUGUGAUGUCAUCCAACAUGACAUUGACAAGCAAUCAUCAUCAUCCCAACAACAAAUGUUGAGGAUGAAAUUGUCCAGUCAUUACAGCACCAAUCAACAUUCAUGUCCCACUUAUUCCACAUCUCUCCGCAAAAAUCCAAACACCAACACAAACUGCCGAUCCCUCUGAUGUAAACCAUUUUACUAUACAAAUUCUUAAAUUAACAGUGCAUCUUUUGUUACUAUACCAAGUCUUAUAUAAACAAUGUAUUGACUACAGUUACAUUUGAUUUGAUUGGGGGACAGUUUGUUGUAAUCUUACAUGUACGAUUACUGGAAUCUGAAAUUAAAUGGCAAACUUGAAAGGAGAGGGGAGGUGUUGAGGUGUUUGAUUGUAACGACCGCCGCCUGCUCAACCCAACACCCCUCCCUCACCUCACCCAGUACAUGGAUUGCCAUAAAUCUAUCCAAUACUAACCAACUUUUUGUGGUGUUUCUAAACCCUGGCUUUGUUGUGGCUUCCGCUUCAUCUCUGGCACUAGAUUCCUAAUUAGAAUCCUACCACAUUCAAACUCAGUGAAAAUACACCAACCAUCCAAUGGCCUUGUGUGACAGGAUUUGGUACCUCUAAAGAAGAAAAUGGGCCAAUAUUGUACUGGAGUUACAUCAGGGGAAAAUAACCAUGAAGCUUGAAGCCGAAGCCAGGGACUGAGCGUCGAUUUCACUAACACAAUUAAGAUUCUGAAAUUGUUCCUUACAGGGACAAUUAAGAUUCUUAUUUGUUCCUCAUGGAACUUGCUGUACAUGCUGUUAUCUUUCAUAACUAAGAUUUGAGAAGUCUAUAGGAUCAUUUCGUUCUUCAGAUGCAACAUUCUUAAAAAUGAUCUUGGAUUAAUUAUAACUUAAAUGUAUUACUGUUGAAAUUAGUGUUAUAAUGUACAUUAUUAGUGUUCAAGAUAAGCCUUUAUUACUGAAACACUGCAAGUUGACUUGUCCAAAUGUAUCCUAAAGAUGAGUGACAAAGCUCAUUCUAUUCAUGUGGUUUCAGAUCUUCAUUCACAGAAUAGAGAAUUGUGUUGACAGUGUUCAUGAGGUUUAUAACGUGACCUCAUCAGAGGCUUUUAAUAGCAGAAGCCAAUGCUGGACAUUUCGUAAACUCCCCACGAUUCUGAUAUUUGUUCCUAAUGAAAUCUAAAUGUAAUCCACUAUAUAUUGUACUUUUGUUAAUAGAAAUUUUGAGACAGUUUUAGAACCACUUCAUCCUUGAGAUGUAACCAUACUUCAAGUAGUUUGUGAAAUAAUAUCGUUUCAAGUCACACAUCACCAUGAUAGAUAGUACUCAGAUUACUGUUCAAUAUAAGCCUUUAUUUUACACAGUUUUUAUACUUCUUUUUUUUGAAUUUACAAUACACUUUCAUGUAUAUUGAAGAUAAUUUAAUCAUUGAAAUGUUUGCUAAAGAUAAGUGGAAAUCAAUUUGGUUUCCUGUCUUAAUUCACAGAACAAGAUUCAUGUUUAAAAGAUCGUUUUAUCUUAAUUUUACAUUUUUUCUCAGACUGUAAAAUAUCCCUUCAGUUUGAAUGAUUAGAAAUCAAUUCGACUGAAGCUGAAUUUCAGAGCGCCAUACGGCCUGAGUUGCCUUGAUUUUGGCCUGACGGCCACCUUGAAAAGGUCCCACACAAAUAGCAACUUUCUAAUCCAAUUUUUUUCCUCAACAAACCCAACAGAUUGCCUCAUCUUUUCAUGAAUUUAAUUGCACACCUCUGUUUCAUUGUUUUGCAUUUUUGGUUGCCAUUUCAGAAAACUUGAAAAUGAAAAAAAAAAAUUCAGUUUGG